CCGAUUCGCACGAACAAUAUUAAGGAGAGUAACGACACGCUGUUUCCGGUUAACUGGCUGACGUUUCGGUGGCGGAGAUGGCUGCGUUUUCUGAACUAGGGGUAAUGGCCGAAAUUGCUCAGGCAGUGGAGGAGAUGGACUGGCUACUCCCCACAGACAUCCAGGCGGAGUCUGUGCCUCUGAUUCUUGGAGGUGGUGAUGUGCUUAUGGCUGCAGAAACGGGCAGUGGAAAAACUGGUGCUUUCAGUAUCCCAGUGAUUCAGAUUGUGUAUGAAACACUUAAGGAUCAACAGGAGGGCAAGAAAGGGAAGGCAACAGUGAAAACUGGAGGGGCAGUAUUUAGCAAAUGGCAGAUGAACCCUUAUGACAGAGGUUCGGCUUUUGCUAUUGGUCCUGAUGGCAUGUGCUGUCAGAGCAGGGAGUUCAAGGAGUGGCAUGGCUGUCGUUCAACUAAGGGAGUGACAAAGGGCAAGUACUAUUAUGAAGUAGCUUGUCAUGAUCAAGGCCUGUGUAGAGUGGGAUGGUCUUCAUCCCAAGCUGCAUUAGACUUAGGAACAGAUAAGUUUGGAUUUGGAUUUGGUGGAACUGGAAAGAAGUCCCACAACAAACAAUUUGAUAGCUAUGGGGAGGAAUUCACAAUGCAUGACAUUAUAGGAUGCUACCUGGAUUUAGACAGAGGCCAUAUCAGUUUCUCUAAAAAUGGAAAAGAUUUGGGUCUGGCAUUUGAGGUUCCUCCACAUUUGAAAAAUCAAGCUUUCUUUGCUGCAUGUGUCCUAAAGAAUGCUGAGCUGAAGUUUAACUUUGGGAGUGAAGAAUUUAAAAACCCUCCUAAGGAUGGCUUUAUUGCACUAGACCAAGCCCCUGAUGGACAUGUUGUUAAAUCACAACACACAGGAAGCGCACAAGUAAGCCAAACAAAGAAUUUGCCAAAUGCCCCGAAAGCUCUUAUUGUUGAACCAUCCAAAGAGUUAGCUGAACAAACACUUAAUAAUAUCAAUCAGUUUAAGAAAUAUGUUGACAAUCCCAAACUAAGGGAACUUCUAAUCAUAGGUGGUGUAGCUGCGAAAGAGCAACUUGCAGUUCUAGACCGAGGGACCGAUAUAGUUGUUGGAACACCAGGUCGAUUGGAUGACCUGAUAUCUACGGGGAAACUCAGCCUUUCUCAAGUGAGGUUCCUGGUACUGGAUGAAGCAGAUGGACUCAUUUCUGCAGGAUACACUGAUUUCAUAAUGAGAGUCUACAACCAGAUUCCUCAGAUUACAUCUGAUGGAAAGAGGCUUCAGGUGAUAGUAUGCUCUGCAACCCUUCACUCCUUUGACGUGAAAAAGCUCUCUGAAAAGAUCAUGCAUUUUCCUACCUGGGUGGAUCUGAAAGGUGAAGAUUCUGUACCAGAGACAGUUCAUCACGUUGUAGUGCCCGUUAACCCCAAAACUGAUAGAAUCUGGGAAAGGCUUGGGAAAAACCAUAUCCGGACUGAUGAAGUGCAUGCAAAAGACAACACAAGACCUGGUUCCAGUUCUCCAGAAAUGUGGUCAGAAGCUAUUAAAAUCCUGAAGGGGGAAUAUACAGUGAAGGCUAUCAAGGAACACAAGAUGGAUCAAGCUAUUAUUUUCUGCAGAACUAAAAUAGAUUGUGACAACAUGGAGCAGUACUUAAUUCAGCAAGGAGGCGGACCUGAUCGAAAAGGACAUCAGUUUUCGUGUGUUUGUCUUCAUGGGGAUCGGAAACCAAAUGAACGCAAACAUAAUCUGGAGCGUUUCAAGAGACAGGAGGUAAAGUUUCUGAUUUGCACUGACGUUGCAGCUCGAGGCAUUGACAUUCGUGGUGUUCCUUAUGUUAUCAAUGUUACUCUUCCUGAUGAAAAACAAAACUAUGUGCAUCGUAUAGGAAGAGUCGGAAGAGCUGAAAGGAUGGGUUUAGCUAUUUCUCUAGUGGCCACUGAGAAAGAAAAGGUUUGGUACCAUGUGUGUGCAAACAGGGGCCGAGGAUGCUAUAAUACCAGACUGAAAGAGGAUGGUGGGUGUACUAUUUGGUACAAUGAGAAGCAGCUCCUUGCAGAGAUUGAAGACCACUUGAACUGCACCAUUACACAGUGUGAGCCUGACAUCAAAGUGCCUGUGGAUGAUUUUGAUGGAAAAGUAACUUAUGGCCAGAGAAGAGCAACAGCAGGCGGGCUAUACAAAGGCCAUGUGGACGCUUUGGCACCUACAGUCCAAGAGCUGGCUGCCCUUGAAAAGGAGGCACAGACUUCAUUUUUGCAUCUUGGCUACCUUCCCAACCAGUUGUUCAGAGCUUUCUAAUUAUCAGUGAAUCACGAGCAAAAUGCAAUACAAUAAGUAACACGGAGCACUGAGCUGAAGUUUAAAGAAUUGUUUAUUUUUAGUUAAUGUCAGAGGUAGAUAAAAAAAUUAAUUUAACCUUUUGUUUAAAAUCCUGUUUUGAAAAAGCCUGAACCUUAAAAAAAUAGUGUAAGCAAAUAGAGGUGCUCCUGUCUGCUAUAAAUCUAAUUGCAGCAGAACAAUUCAGUUAAAUAAAAGUAGUACAAUUAACAUA